CCAAGCUUAACUAGUUACCCUGGAGCUAGUUAAGCAAUAUCGAGCUCAUGCAAUAUAAAUAUACGAGUAAUGGUUGCAGCCUAUCUCAUCAGUAGUCAGUACAGCUGAUACACUCACAGAUAGUACAAGGCUAGUUUUGUAAGGCUUAAGUAGCGAUGGAGUACUCGCCGAAGCUAGCAGCAGUGCUGCUCUUGGCUCUCGCGUCCGCCAUGGCGGUCACGGCCCAGAACUCGCCGCAGGACUUCGUGGACCCUCACAACGCUGCGCGCGCCGACGUCGGUGUCGGGCCGGUGACCUGGGACGACAACGUGGCUGCGUACGCGCAGAACUACGCCGAGCAGCGCCGCAGCGACUGCCAGCUUGUACAUUCGGGCGGGCAGUACGGGGAGAACAUCUACGGAGGCCGCGGCGGCGGGGCCGACUGGACGGCGGCGGACGCCGUGCAAGCGUGGGUGUCGGAGAAGCAGUACUACGACCACGACAGCAACAGCUGCUCGGCGCCGGCGGACAAGUCGUGCUUGCACUACACACAGGUGGUGUGGCGCGACUCGACGGCCAUCGGAUGCGCCCGCGUCGUCUGCGACGGCGGCGACGGCCUGUUCAUCAUCUGCAGCUACAACCCGCCGGGGAACUACGUGGGGGUGAGCCCAUACUAGGCUAUCCAUGCGUGCAUGCAUGCAUGUACUAGCUAGCAGCACAUAUAUUCCAUAAAGAAUAAAGGUGCGAUUACGGUCGUGAUAAGAUUGUGAAACUUUGGCAGGCUACAUCCACGCUAUGGUUUAGACCGGCUAAUGGAUAUUGUUACCAUGUAAGUUGUACUAGCAUAUACGUAUAUACUCCUUCCGUCCGAAAGUAAAUUUUGCAAA